AUGCUACUUCGCCAGCUUCGUCAUUUGUCAUGCUCUACGACCCAAAAAGCCAUUGCUGUUGCCUGUCCUGGUCAGGGAAUUAUACCUCGUGGGUGUCUUGCCGCUUUCAAGCCCCACCAUGAUCUCAUCGCUCCAUCGCUCGAGCUUGUGGAUGAGGUGCUAAAUGAAAAGUUCUCGAAGAAUUUAUUUGGUGAUACUUCAGCUGACGCUGACGAAUGGAGCUUGCGAACCUCGAAUGCGCAGCCAGCAAUCUUGGCUUCUACGGUGAUCACUAAUCAGAUGUUCGAGAAGCUCCACGGUAUAGAUAUGGUCAAAGAGCCGAAGGUGCAUUACGUUUUGGGCCACUCGUUGGGAGAGUACACUGCGUUGGUGCUUGCAGGUGUGCUUGAUUUUGGCGAUGCUCUACGGAUUGUAAGAAAAAGGGGACUCUUGAUGGAGGAAUUGAUUGGAAUAGGCGACUACUCAAUGAUGGUUCUAGUAUUCAGACCAGGCAACUUUGAUGCCGUCUCAGCAGUGGCCGCUGAAUACAAUGUGCUUGCAUGUGUGAACAACUCUUCUCAGAUACUGAUCAGCGGUACUUCUUUGCAGGUAGAAAAGGCGUUGGCUGCCAUGCCUGAGGGUGCAGUGUUGAAACUGGUGAAGCUUCCUGUAAAGAUCCCCUUCCACAAUGAGCUUCUCGAGUCAAUUGAGCUGCAAUUGGCUGAAAUGGCUCCAAAGGACUUGAAGCAACCUAUAAAGCCAAUAGUAUCCAACCUUGCAGGCUCAGUGAGUACGGGAAACUGCUACUUGAAUACAGUCAAGGACAAUUCCAAGCCUGUGCUAUGGAAACAGUCCUUAGACUUUUUAAAAAAUAACGGAAUUAAGCAUAUCGUUAACUUGGGGCCAGGGCUGGCGCUUGGUGACAUGAACAAAAGGUCAGGCUUGGAGAAUCACCCUUUAGUUGGUAUAGAAGAUAUGAAAGUGUUAGCAGAGAAGCUCGACAGUCUCUGA